AUGAUGCGCUUUAACUUUCCGCGAUGGUUAAUCGUAUGGUUGGAUGCAGCUUUCUUUCCUCUACAAAACCCCAUUAGGCACUUAACCCUUUCAGGGCCAACCUACUGUUUAACUCAAUUCGAACGAGAUUAUGCAACAUAUACGCGAAAUUUAGAGAUGACAUUUGGUGAUAUUAUUGCGAAUGAAAAAUUCAAUAUGUCUGACACUACACCUCUUGACGUACUAUCGCAUCUCGAAUUAACUGACACCAUUAAUGGUAUAUCAGUUCGUGCUUUAAACUUUCGUUUGUUGCCGUCAAAGAGCCAAGUCGAUAGUAAACAAUUUGAAAAUCCAACAUUUAGGGAAAGUGAAUAUUUGAAAUAUUUUCAAGAUAACUCUAAUGAAUGUUUUUUAAAAGAAAAUGAUGAUUUACGUGAAGUUUUGUUAAAUGAUGCUGGCACAUGGUUAACAUUGAACUUUAAUAUUAACGGUCAAGUUAUCACAUGUUUCUUACCACCAGCUGCUUAUGAUACCCAACAAUAUCCCAUUGAACCAAACGAAUAUAAUUUAAAUAAAGUAAACUUAGCUCGAUUGUUAACCUAUGGUAUACAGACACUUUUGGACAGUACUUGGGGUUCAUCUGGGGGCUUAAAUGAAUUUUAUAUAAUACCUCUAAAUGAAAUGCAACUGAUAUUUGAUGAACGUAUUGCAAAUGAUCAACAACUAUUGAAUGAAAUAGCAUCCAAUUUUGUUCAAUCUUAG